CACAAGCACACCUCCUUUCCUUCUUCUUCUUCCUAGCGCCGCCAAAGCCUGCCACACCUGACCUAGCUACCUAGCCACAGCUUACAACACUUUGCCUCUCAAAUUCAUCUUCAGGCACUUGACCAUUCACCCACCAAGUGCUUGACUUGUUCUUCGCCUAGCUUCCUGUUAGUCAGUUAGCAUUUCUGUUUCUAGCAGCUUGUGACCUGAGGAUAAUGAUCGUGAGUCCUGGCAGCAGCUACAUCGUCUUCAUUGCCGCCUCGCCGCUGGACCUCGAGAAGCUCUUCUACUUCUGGAUUUUCGACAUCUUUAACAGAUACUGCACCUGACUCCAUUCUCCUCCCCACCUCUGAUUAAGUCCUGCCGGCGAUAUUUGUGAUCGGCAGUUGACGCUAAAUAUAUAGUCACGUAGCAAGUUGUAGUUCAGAGUUCAGACAAGCAAGCAAUGGCCGGGACAAUGACUCUUCCGCCUGGGUUCCGAUUCCACCCCACCGACGACGAGCUCGUCGGGUACUACCUGAAGCGCAGGGUCGACAACCUCAAGAUUGAACUGGAGGUUAUCCCUGUGAUCGAUCUCUACAAGUUCGAGCCCUGGGAGCUGCCAGAGAAGUCGUUCCUGCCCAAGAGGGACCUGGAGUGGUUCUUCUUCGUGCCGCGGGACCGCAAGUACCCCAACGGGUCGCGCACGAACCGGGCGACGACGACGGGGUACUGGAAGGCCACCGGCAAGGACCGCAAGGUUUCCUGCGACGGCGGCGCCGUGUGCGGCGUCAGGAAGACGCUGGUGUUCUACAAAGGGAGGGCACCCGGCGGCGAGCGCACCGACUGGGUCAUGCACGAGUACCGCCUCUGCCAGGACCUCCUCCACGGCGCCUCCAACUUCAUCGGCGCCUACGCGCUCUGCCGCGUCAGCAAGCGCACCGAGGCCGGCCUCCUCCACGGCGGCGACACGGCGGCGGCGCCGGCCAAGGCGAAAGGCCACCAGCAGCAGAUGCGCAAGGUGGGGAGCAGCUCGUCCCUGGUCACCACCGACCACCAGCUGAGCUGCAACGCCUCCUCCUUCACGCCUAGCCCUCCGCGUCUGGAGCUGGAGAUCGUCGGCAACGCGUUCCAGCUCCAGAGUUCACCUUCUCCCCUGUUCGGAGGGGAGGUGGUGUCCGACAUGGCCGCGCCUCUGAGCUUUCCGCAGCAGGAUGCCUCUGCAUUCUUCAUCGGCGGCGACCUCGCCGGUGCAGCUGCAGGCGAUUCGCACAUGCCUUUCUUCGGCGACAUGGGCAUGAUCCCGGAGCACGAGCUCAGAUGGGACACCUUGCAACCCUACGCUUCCCUCUCCACCGCCGCCGCCACCGGCGCAGCGGAGCUUUGGAAUCCGGCACCGCCGAACGCCGCCGCCCCGUUGCUGUGCAGGGAGACGAGCGACGACCUGACGGCGUGGUUCACGUCGCUGGACGAAAACAUGGUGGUCUACUGAAGCUGCAUGAAGGAAGAUCGUGGUAAUUUCGGUAACUGACGAAAUAAAACCCAGAACCUCGCUUGUUCUCGGCGAUGGCGGUAUAUUUUCAGCCACUGACCGUAUGUGUACGGGUACGUAAUACGUAUAUAGGUAUGUGUCUUGUGGUUGCUACGGAGUGACGGCCUAUUUUAGCACUGUCUUCUCUCGCUGUGGCAGGCACGGCACUCUUCCAUCUCUUUACUUCGAUUCAGUCUCUGUACGAGCCACCGCUGCAAAUUACGCAGCUGUAUUUGUACUCCCGUUUCACGGGAAUGUAACAACUCCCAUUUGCUA